AGCGGCACCGGCCCGGACCCCCCGCGGGCGCAGGUUGCGGGCGCGAGGGCGAGACGGCGACUGCGGAGGACCGCGAGCAGCCGCUGCCGGGACAGUAUCUUCACUCUCCAACCUUUGCUUCAAACAUUUCACUGAGUUGUAUGUCAAACUGGACAAGAUAUAUUAAUUGAAGUUUUACCAAUUGAAAAAUUGGAGAAAAUGACUUUGGUGUUUGGACAUCAUUACUAUUGGAAAGCUGGUUAGCAUCUAUUCCCUAAAGAAAUUUGACCACCAUUUGUUCUGGCAUGGCGCAAAGCAGUCCACAGCUUGAUAUUCAGGUUCUCCAUGACCUCCGACAACGUUUCCCUGAGAUCCCAGAGGGAGUCGUAUCUCACUGCAUGCUACAGAAUAACAAUAAUCUUGAAGCCUGCUGCCGAGCCCUUUCCCAGGAAAGUAGCAAAUACUUGUAUAUGGAAUACCAUAGUCCAGAUGACAACAGGAUGAAUAGAAAUCGCCUUUUACAUAUUAAUCUGGGUAUCCAUUCUCCUAGUAGCUUCCACCCAGGAGAUGCAGCACAACUCAAUGGUGGUCGAACACUGGUACAUAGUUCAAGUGAUGGACAUAUUGAUCCACAGCAUGCAGCAGGUAAACAGCUGAUAUGCUUAGUUCAGGAACCACACUCAGCCCCAGCUGUCGUGGCUGCUACUCCCAACUAUAAUCCAUUUUUUGUGAAUGAACAGACUAGAAGUGCGGCCACCCCUCCUUCACAGCCACCUCAGCCAUCUUCCAUGCAAACAGGAAUGAAUCCAACUGCUAUGCAAGGGCCUUCACCGCCGCCGCCACCACCUCCUUCAUACAUGCACAUACCUCGGUAUAGUACAAAUCCAAUUACUGUUACAGUAUCCCAAAACCUUCCUUCUGGACAGACUGUACCAAGAGCUUUACAAAUUCUUCCACAAAUUCCAAGCAAUCUGUAUGGGUCUCCUGGUUCUAUGUAUAUUAGACAGACAUCUCGGAGUUCAUCAGGAAGACAAUCUCCUCAGACUACGCCAUGGCAGUCCUCACCACAGGGGCCAGUGCCUCAUUAUAGCCAGCGUCCUUUACCUGUUUAUCCACAUCAACAGAACUAUCAACCUUCUCAGUAUUCUCCUAAACAACAGCAGAUCCCUCAGCCUGCUUACCAUUCACCACCUCCUUCUCAAUGUCCUUCACCAUUUAGCUCUCCACAGCAUCAAGUACAGCCUUCCCAGUUGGGCCACCCAAGUUCCCAUGUCUUUAUGCCACCAAGUCCAUCAACUACUCCACCCCAUCCAUAUCAACAAGGACCUCCGAGCUAUCAGAAGCAGGGAAGCCACUCAGUAGCCUAUCUCCCAUAUACAUCAAGCUUGCCCAAAGGAUCCAUGAAGAAGAUAGAAAUUACAGUUGAACCCUCUCAACGACCUGGGUCAACAAUUAAUAGAAGUCCUUCACCUAUUAGUAAUCAGCCGUCUCCACGGAAUCAGCACUCAUUGUACACAGCCACCACACCACCUUCAAGUUCUCCUUCAAGAGGGAUAUCCGGUCAGCCGAAACCUCCGUUUAGUGUUAAUCCUGUGUACAUUACAUAUACACAGCCUACUGGACCUUCAUGUGUUCCAUCACCAUCUCCUCGGGUGAUACCAAACCCAACUACAGUUUUUAAAAUUACUGUAGGCCGAGCAGCGACUGAAAAUCUUUUAAAUUUAGUGGACCAAGAAGAGCGUUCCGCAGCCCCAGAACCUAUUCAGCCCAUUUCAGUAAUACCAGGUUCUGGGGGAGAAAAGGGAAGCCAUAAAUAUCAGAGGAGUUCUAGUUCUGGAUCAGACGACUAUGCAUAUACACAAGCCUUGCUGUUACAUCAGCGCGCAAGGAUGGAGAGGUUAGCUAAGCAACUGAAACUUGAGAAAGAGGAGCUAGAACGACUGAAGGCAGAAGUGAACGGGAUGGAGCAUGACUUGAUGCAGAGAAGGCUCCGGAGGGUUAGCUGCACCACCGCGAUCCCCACGCCUGAGGAAAUGACAAGAUUGAGAAGCAUGAACAGACAACUCCAGAUAAAUGUUGACUGUACACUGAAAGAAGUUGACCUCCUUCAAUCUAGAGGAAACUUUGAUCCAAAAGCAAUGAAUAAUUUUUAUGACAACAUAGAACCUGGCCCAGUUGUACCACCCAAGCCAUCUAAAAAAGAUUCGUCAGACCCCUGUACGGUUGAACGGAAAGCCCGAAGAAUUAGCGUGACCUCCAAAGUACAGGCAGACGUCCAUGACACUCAGGCAGCAGCUGCGGAUGAGCAUCUAACUGGCUGCAAACAGAGUCCUCGGACACAACCCCGAGACGAGGACUACGAAGGGGCUCCAUGGAACUGUGACAGUUGCACCUUCCUGAACCACCCAGCACUAAAUCGCUGUGAGCAGUGUGAAAUGCCACGGUACACUUGAACUCACAAGAGCCUGAACCAGGUUGAGAGUGAACGUUUGAACACCCACUAGAAGAAAAGGAAACUUCGGGAGCCUGUGCAUCUGCCCAGCCUUUUCAUUUCAGAUGCCUGGGGGGAGAAGUGACACUGUAGUGCUUGUGUCCACUCAAGGGAAAAUGAAGAGGGGUUUUUUUUCCCCCUUUCUUUACUCAUUGCCAAGUGAGUGAUAGAAAGGGAUACUUGAAACUGGGAAAGGAUUCAUUCCUGAAAGAAUGUACCCAGAGAAGUUAAGAGCUCUUCUGUGGGACCCCAAUUGUUAAAGUUACUGCUGAGUAGCCCUUAUUUUAUAAACUAGAACUUUUACUCAAGGUGUGACAUGUUACAGUUUCGGCAGACAAACUGUGAAUUUCCAGAGCGCACUUACUUGGGCGCAGCCCUCUGGAAAACCCAGGCUCCCCGUGCUUCCUCCUGUGUUUCCUGUUGAAGAGAAGGACAGGAAGAAGCACCGGAAUAUGAUUUUCCUUCAGCAGAAUAAUAAGGGUAUUUGUAACUGCUGCUUCUUUCAGGGGUAAUUUCAAACACAUAAACAAAAUCUUAUAAAAUGUGAUUUCUAGCAGUCAGGAAUUAGGCAUUAUGCCCUUUGUUUGAAAGUACAAUCAAAGGUGAUAAGAUUCCUUUUGCUUGUACAAUGGUUCAUCAGGCUGUAUCAACACUGGUAACUAAGACCUAAUUAUGCCACCUAGUAGUUUUCUUUAAGUUACUGCAUGCUUUUAUUCGGCCAUUGGUUUUAAAAAUAAAAAAGUCCUGACCGAGUAUUAUUUUAUAAAUGACCUUCUCAUGAAACUGCUUUGCCCAUAGCACAAUGAAUGUAUGCCAAGUUCAAGUCCAGCCCCAAAGUCACUUGAAGUCUUGAGCUCAGCUGUAGUUCUGUAGGACAUGUUUGCAGUCACUUGGGUCUUUCCCCCCCUCCUUUCAAUUUUGUGACAAAUUAAUGUUUACAGCACAGAUAAUACUUUGUGCCAUAAUCCCAUUUCAGCUAGAAGAAAAAUCAACAUUAGCUGUUCAACGUAGACUUAUUUGCACAUGUUAAUAAAGCAGUGUGAGGGACAUUAUAGCUGGCCCUGGCAUGCAGUCACACACUGCGUUAUGUCAGAAGAGGCGUCUAGUCAACAACUAUGAUUCAGAGGAAGAUGAAUACAGAGGGCUUUGAUGUUAAGAAGUUUUUGAAGGUAACAUACUGUGUUCAGAGAGAACAUUGAGUUCAUUCAGGUAGCUUAGGUGAUGUAGUAAAGCACUCCUUAUUUAGGAAACCAGAACUUCAGGGUGUGAAAAACCGACUAUGCGUAAAAUGAUCUGACUCACUAGGGUGCGCCACUGAAAAACAGCACAUUUCCGCCCCGGCUCUGAAUUGGACUGGGGAAUCUUCCCCUCCUUUGGGCAGAUGCAGACAGCAGUGAAAGUGGUAGGUUUUCCAAUGCUAAAGGGUUUCACCUGAGGUUCUACUUUAGGAAGAACUCCUCUCCAGCACCAGGUGACCCCUGCCCUCAAAAACAUACACACCUUCACACCCACGGCGAGCCGCGCUGUAUGCUGACGUAUUCUACAUAGCCGUGGUCUCUGGCAGACCUGGGAAACGAGCUGCACAUUUCGUAGCAUAAGGAAACCAAAGGCAUAACACUCACCAUAGUUGUCCAUCAAAGCCAUCAUUUCACCCACUACCUACAGCUUUGAAAACUUUUUCCCUAUGUGGAAAAUUCCCUCAACUAUAUCCACUAGUCUCACAAAGCGUGGCUCUGUAAUUACACUGAUAAAACAUCUCUCAUACAACAACUGUGGCAAAACUGUGAAAACAAUGGCCAGAAAGCAGACAGGCUUCACAGCGUUGACCUGAAAACAAUUCUUUACAGGCUUUUGUAGCACUGGUAUCUGUCAUUCUCCAGUAACAGUCUGUCAGCCUUGCUGUUCUGUAAUAUGCCCUUGCCUUUGUGUGGUUUCAUAUCUCUUUAGUGAUGGUCAACCCCACUUGGUAUUAAGUAACAAUUAGGGGGAAAUAUAUAUACUGCUUGGUGUUCUAGCUAAAGGUUUACCAGUAUUCUUAGUGAUAUGCUGAAGUGGCAGCAAUUAACUUGGCAGUUCUCAGUAAGGAAUGAAAGUAGCAUGUAUGAAAACAGUAUGAUGCUUUAAUCAAACCAUAUAGAAGACUUUCAAACUAUUGCAUGAACAUACAUCCAGGUUACUAAGCUGUUAUCAUACAGUAGAUGCAUGGUUCCAGUCCUUUGGUGAUAUAUAUAAAUCAUUGUUUUCACCUGCCGGGAAAAAUGAGAAACCAGUCUGUUGGGUAGAUGUAGAGGGCAGGGUAUGAGACACCAGAGAUUGAUUUUAGGCAAGUUUUGUAUGUUCAUUUCUGGUUAUACACAAGUUUCAGAUGUCAACAUAGGCUGUGCUCAGUUUUUUUUUUUAAUAAGCACCAUUAUUUGACACGUGGUUUAUUGAACUAGGCCCCAUAUAUAGACUAUUUCUUGCCUCUGGCCAGUUUGAACAAGAAGUCAGUCAGCUUUCAAAGUUACCUUUUCAAAAGGAUCUCCCAAGUAGGAUUGGUAUGCACAGGCGCUGGACUUGGAAGUAACAGGAUGCCAACUGGAUGAUGCCUGUUUGGUGAGGCGCCUCUGCUCUUGAGGACCAGGGUGUGCAUCUCUGUUUCUAGCUAAAAACAAUUUUAGUAUGACCGGUUUCUGGUAUUUCGUAAUGCAUACACCUGACUACAUUCAUUUUACAUUACAUUACUUCACUGUCUUGUCAACUGGGUUUUCAGAAAGCACAUUUGAUUUGCCGUUUUAUUAAAAUACAUUGCCUCUUAAAUUUUGAAGUAGGUCUUACAAGUUUCAUGUGGUAAUAGAGGAGCCAGGAACUUUCUAGGCAUUGUAAAAUGUUUCCAGUGAGUAACAUUGUUUGGAAGAGCUUAGAGACAAGAGGUUUUAAAGAAAAACGCAUUGUAAAAAGUAGUUGUUUUAGAGCAGAUUAACGAUGGUGGGGAAAGUGUUGCUAAUUUGUUUAUUUCCCUGAAAGAAAUGGGAAGUGUGAUAAGCAGUUUAAUAAUUUUUAAGGAGCUGGUCUCAAUUUCAGUACUUUUUACUUAUUAAAAGAAGUCAAUGUUUCCUUAAAUUCUGUCAUUGCUUUGUCACAGUUCUCUAGGGCUCAUAUCCAGCUUGCUGUGGCAACUCAAUUUUAUAUAGUAUUUUCCAAGGUAAUUGUAAUGUCUGACAGUAUAAACAAAAAGCAAGAAUAUACGGCAUAGAAAUUUUGUUCUUUAAAAAUAUCAAAGAUGUAUCCUGGAAUGUGAAGAUGUCCCUUUAUAGUUAAAGUUGAUUUAUUUUAAUAUUGUAAUCGUUCAGACUUUUGAGUCCAUGUUACAAUAUGUGUCUGUAUAUCUGUAGAGAAAGAAAAAUGACAAUUGAAAUGUGACUUUAAACAAAUCAAUAAAUUGGGCACUGUCUGUGUUUUCACCACUAUUCUCUUUGGGAACGAAUUAACAGUAGUUUCUUGCUGUACAAGUUCUGAUGACGUUUUCACAUUCACCAGACAUCUGUUUUAUUUCCUCUGUAUUAUUUGCAUCCCAGAUAUUUAAUACAAAUAGAUUUUGCAUGGCUUGGGGGUUCAGAGAUUAAUAGAAUGGUGACUCAACUUUCAUUUCUAAAGCCAUGAAAAGUUGCUUUGAGACCGAACAAUUCUGAAUUCUUAUUUAUAUUGACACCCGCUGUCCAUGUUUCCGCACUGUGAAAGAGUUGAUCAGUUUCUUCAUUAAAACAGCAAGAACUUAUUAAACCGUA